AUGUCCGAUUUGAUGCUUUGUGGUCCAUGUGGUAAUGCGAACAAUAAUAAAAAUGCCCAGAAAUGGUGUACUUUCUGCACAGAGGGAUUAUGUACAGAAUGUGAGAAGGUUCAUAAAUCUAUCAGAACAUCACGGAAUCACAAACUUAUAUCCAUUGAAGACAAUCGACAAAUUAAAGAUAUAUCUAGUAGUCUAACUUGUAAAGACCACGAGAAGCGUCUCGAACUGUAUUGUAAAACUCAUGAUGUCGCAGUUUGUUUAUGUUGCGUUCAAUCUCACCAUCAGACUUGCACUGACGUCAUUUCUUUAAGAAAAGCUGCUGAAAAUACCAAACAUUCAGAUGCACUGGCCGAUUUAGAGGACACUUUAACCAGAGCAUUACUAAAUGUUCAACACAUCAUUACCGAUCGUGAUGAAGCAUUGAAAAAUAUUGAGUGUCAGAAGCAAACUAUCAAAGAUACAAUCAACGAUACACGAGCAAGAAUAAAGAAAAAAAUAGACGACUUAGAACAAAAACUACUUCUUGAAUUAAACACAAAAUGGGGAAAUUGUAGUUCUGAAGCGACAAAACUUUUGAACCGUUUAAGAAAAUCAGAACGCGAUUUAAAUUGUCUCAAGGAACAAACAUCGCAAUUGAAAUCACUUGCAUCUGAUAUUCAACUUUUCCUCAGAACGCGCCAGAUCAACGAAGCUGUCUUUAAGGAGGUUGAAACUGCCAAAGAAGAAAUCAAGUCUUUGUUCAGCUAUAAAAUAAACUUGGAGUUACAAUCUUCUAUCAUGUCAUUAAUGAAUAUGGUUGAUCAGCUCGGAAAAAUAUCCGUUGAGAAGAUCUCCAUUACCUUACCGUUAAAUGCAGGGAAGGUAGAUCAAGCUGAUAUACAACUUCCGGAGCCAGAAAUGAAAAGUAUUGACAGCAUCCAUGUUAAGUUGAAAAAGAGAUUUAACGUGAAACAAAAAGAAGACGAAGAAAUUUGGCUAAGUGGAUGUACUAUGUUACAAAAUGGUAAUUUGUUGAUUGCUGAUUAUAAGGGAGAGGGUGUCCUAAUGGAGUAUAGCGAAGACGGUCAGCAUAUUCGAAACAUACCAUGCUCGGAACCCCCGUUUGAUUUGACAGUCAUAGACAAUGAUCGUAUUGCUGUUACUUAUGGGCACAGGAAGUACAUACAGAUUUUGAAUACAAAGAGUCAUAUUGUAGAGAGGAAAGUGAAAUUUGAUAAAGACUGCUAUGGGAUAUCAUACCAGGCCAAAAAACUUUUUAUUAUCACGGAUGAUGAAAUUGUGAUAUUAGAUAUUGCAGGAAACGUACUUAUAAUAUUAACAACUGACUGUCGGUUCUAUUUAGAAACAACUGUGGAUAGAAUUUAUUAUAACAGAGAUCAUACUGUACAAUGUAUCUCCAUGGCAGGUGAAGAAAUAUGGGAACAUAAAGAGAAUUUUUUAGUCUCUCUGGGCGGCAUUACUGUGGAUGAUCAUCAAAAUGUUUUAGUUGCUGAUGGAGAGUCGAAUUCGCUGAUUGUAAUACAACAUGAUGGGAAGGCAAGAAAAACACUACUUUCCGAAAUCGAUGGUCUAAAUAGGCCAACAUUUUUACACUAUAACAAAGACAACAAAACAUUACUAUUGUGUAAUGAAGAUGGUAGUGUUGCUCUUUACAAUGUUGAGUAA